AGGUCCUGGAGGCCACACGGGUUAAUCGGAGAAAGAGUGCUCUGGCCUUGCGCUGGGAGGCAGGGAUUUAUGCCAACCAGGAGGAGGAGGACAAUGAGUAAACUUCCUUCAGCCCAGGAAACUCCUUUGCUAAAGGAGUUUCAGCAAAGAAACAAAGAAAUGAUCAAGUCAGAAGCAUUUUAAUGGACUAUUUAUUAAAGUGCAUACAAGCUCAACAAUCCUCAUGUAGACCAGAAGCUGCAAUACAUUAUGAUUAAAAACAAAACAAACAAUAACAAAAUAAAUCGAAGUGAACAGGAAGUUCACCCAUCAAAAUCUGAGACCCAAGUCAGAAAGGAAAGGAUUUCUUUGUGACUCAAAGAAGCCCCUGGCUUUGGACCAUUCCACAACUGAUCCAAAGGGACACAGACAUGACAGACGAGUCAACAUAGUUGCUGUGGGCAGAACUGAAGCCAGCCUUGGUUGGGUGGUGAUGAGGAGCAAACAGUGAUGUGGUCAUUCCAAGGCAACAAACAGGGCCCAGGCUGGGGCAGCCUAGAGCACACAGGCUGUUCCUCCACACCAGCUUCCCACUCCUUCCUCGACUGAGGCAUUAGAAGUGUUGGGUUGACUCCAUUUUUGCCAGCAGCUAUAAAAACAAAUGGUGUUUCUUUCCAUAGUUGCUCCAAGAGGGGCAGUGAUGAUUCAGUCUCUUACAUGUAAUCAUUUUUAAUUGGGAACACUUAAUGGUCACCAUGUAUAAAAUCCGUAUUUUUAAGACAGUAUCUCUUCAUGUUGCAGAUACAAUCUAAUUCUACAGUAGGAGGUUGAGAAUGGUAGGGGAGAGAGCCAAACCAAAUGGGUUAUUAGCUUUAGGACCUUGUCUGCUUUUACUGUUGACUGAUCAGUUUAGGGAAACACUUUCACAGUUAUGUUUCUUCAUAUGAAAACUAUAUUUAAUGGGCAACAACUAUUUUUAUGAUGGGAUAGGGGAGUAGGAACAUGGAUAAAACCUGUACACAUUGAACAACUUGGUUCAAGAUGGUAGGCGUAUUUUAAGAAUGGCAAUAAUUGAAAAUAAAAUGGGGCAGACUUUGCCUUAGAAAGGUAGAUGAUCAGAAGUAAGGGGUUUAUAACUAUUUUGUAUUUUAAAAUGGGCCUUAGAAGUGGUUGGGACAUAGGAUGGAUUGUUUUUGAUCUGAGAAAGGCAUCAUUAAAGUCAUGGAGGUAGGGAGAGAAAGGGAGAGGGAGGGAGAAAGAGCAGAAAAGUAAGUAAAGAAGAGAGAUUAUUUUUGCUGAACCAGUGUUUUUCAGGAUGACAAAGAGAAAAUUAUAGACUAGAAAUGUAAGUACAGACAUGGAAUCAGCUACAAAGCCUAAAGAUGGUGUGUAUGCCUUUGUGUGCCUGUAUGAAGAGUGUAUGUUCACAAGUUAGGAUAUGCCAGUGUGUGUGUGUGUGUGUGUGUGUGUGUGUGUGUGUGUG